AUGAUAUAUAAAUCCACCGGAAAUGACUGUUUGAGAACUAGGACGUUUAUACUGGAAAAGCUAUCAAAAGUGCAUAUUGGUUUACAAGUUUAUUCCGAGUUUGAUGCAAAAAAUGAUCUCAAAUACACACAAAUAGAAACGAUUGAUUUAUUGAUUUACAUGAUUCAGAAAUACAAAUUGCAACCACCAUCGGAGAUAAUGUUUAACAGAGUUAGUCAGUUUUAUGAAUGUAUCGAGAAAUGUGGUGAAGUUUUACAAUCAUCUUCGAUUUCCAUGUGUUUAAAAUAUGGGUGUCAAUACAACACACAACAAGAAAUUGAACUGUUUUUCAGUCCCGUGAGCACAAGCAAGUACAAUGAUUAUUUAUUUAAGGAUAUAAGAAUUGAAGGAGAUGGUGUUACUGAUAUUAAAAUUCGCCUGAUUCCGAGAAGUGUGGAAAAUUUACAAUUGGACUUAGUACGUGUUGAUUCGGUGUUAUUGACAACUACAUUUGAAUUAAAAAGCCUCCAUUUUGUAGCAAUUGGUGGUGGACAAGACAAUAUUGAAGUAUUCUGCAACUUGUUACCAAACUCAAUUAGAAACCUAUACUUGGAUUUAAGUUAUUGUCUAACUGAUGAGCUUCUUAUUGACUUUCCUAUAAAUGUUGAACAGUUGUCUUUUAAACUAAAUCAUGAAAUAGCAUUUCCAUAUUUUGAUGUAUCCACAUUGAAAAAUCUUCAUUGUUUGUCUUUAGAAAAUAUUGAUAUUGCCGAUAUUUCCUAUUUGAAGUUUCCCAAAUCAUUAACAAGAUUAUUUUUAAAGAAUGCAAAUAUGGAUGAAUUCACACGAAUUGAUGAGUUGAAAUAUAUUGAAGAGUUGUCAAUUAAAGAAGGCUACUUGAAUGGUGGUUUCUUAUUUCGGGUGGAGAAGUUAAAAAACUUGAGAGAAUUUCAGUAUAAGGAGGUUAAACUGGAUUUAAGCUCCACGAAAACAAUAAGGAAUGAUGCAUCCAUCUACAUACCACCAAAAUUGGAAUUUUUGGAAUUGAAAAGUCAUCAUUUGCAUAUUGAAAGUCUUGAUUUUCAUGAUUCUUUAAAAUUCUUAACCCUUGAAGAUGUUUCCAUUGAAAAAUCAAAAUUAUCUCUAGUCAAUGCACCAAAUUUGAUUGAAGCACUGAUUGAAAACACAAAUAUUAAACAUAUUCAAGGGUUUGAAAAUUGUACACAAUUGGAGUUUUUGAAAUUUAAUGGAGUUCCAGUAUUUCUUUAUAGAGAUAUAUCUAACUUGGAAACUAACAAGAAAGAUUAUCUCCGGAUGGUUAACAGAAGUCUUGAACUACUUCAAUUAAGUGGCAUUAAUUAA